AUGAAAAUGAAUAAUGAUAAUAUAGAAGAAGAAUUCAAUGAUAAAUUGAAUGUUAAAGGUGAAGAAGUUAAAGAUGAAGAUAGAGUCAAAGAACAACAACAAGAAGGAACAACAUCGACAGAGGAAAAGAAAGAAAAAGAAAUAAUUAAAGAAAAUAAAAGAAGUAACAUCUGA